UGACCUCCAGCAGACGGAGGGCCUCGAAAAAGUCCCUCGCCUCGGCGGCCUCCCGGGAGAGCUCAGGUCGGGCCGCCCCAAGGAGCCCCGCCCAGUCCCGCCACCCGAGGCCAGGCCGCGCAGGGACGCAGAGGGAGCCCGCGGGCGGCACGGCGCGCGCGGACAACGGCCUCCAAGUGCUCGGCGCGGGGCUUUCCGCGUCCUACGGGCGUGGCCGGAAAAGGAAGUCGGCGCAGCAGUGGCCUCCCCAGCAACAGCGGCGGCACCGGCCAAACCCCGCCACCCGCCCGUGUCCGGCGGGGUCACGGAGGCAGCGCCGCGGCGGGACCCGGAGCCCGUGCCGGCCGAGCAGCGCUGCGCCGCCAGGCGUCCAGCUGUCCGAUGGGGCCGCAGCGGCGGCUGCCCUCCGCCGCGGCCGCCCUGGUCUGGGGCUUCCUGCUCCGGCUGCUGCUCAGGAAGCAAUCCUGCAUGCAUCCGGAAAUGGCACACCUUCACCAUCUAAGGACUACUGUAUGUUAUAUAACCCUCAUUGGACAGCUCUUCCAAGUACCUUAGAAAAUGCAACUUCCAUUAGUUUGAUGAAUCUGACUUCCACACCACUGUGCAACAUUUCUGAUAUUCCUCCUGACGGAAUAAAGAACAAAGCAGUUGUGGUACAGUGGGGAACCUGCCAUUUUCUUCAAAAAGCCAGAAUUGCACAAAUUGGAGGUGCUGAAGCAUUGUUGGUUGCCAAUAACAGUGUCUUAUUUCCUCCUUUAGGGAACAAAUCUGAAUUUCAUGAUGUGAAAAUACUGAUUGCAUUUAUGAACUACAAAGACUUUAAAGAUAUGAAGCAGACUCUUGGAGAUAAUAUUACUGUGAAAAUGUAUUCUCCAUCAUCGCCUAACUUUGACUACACGAUGGUGGUUAUUUUUGUAAUUGCUGUGUUCACUGUGGCAUUAGGAGGGUACUGGAGUGGACUAAUUGAAUUGGAAAACAUGAAGGCAAUGGCAAACCCUGAAGAUAGAGAAAUGAGGAAAAAGAAGGAAGACUAUUUAACUUUCAGUCCUCUAACAGUUGUAAUAUUUGUGGUCAUCUGCUGUGUUAUGAUGGUCUUACUUUAUUUCUUCUACAAAUGGUUGGUUUAUGUUAUGAUAGCAAUUUUCUGCAUAGCCUCAGCAAUGAGUAUGUACAACUGUCUUGCUGCACUAAUUCGUAAGAUACCAUAUGGACAAUGCACGAUUGUGUGUCGUGGCAAAAGCAUUGAAGUGAGACUUAUUUUUCUCUCUGGACUGUGCAUUGCAAUAGCUGUUGUUUGGGCUGUGUUUCGAAAUGAAGAUAGGUGGGCUUGGAUUUUACAAGAUAUCUUGGGGAUUUCUUUCUGUCUGAAUUUAAUUAAAACACUGAAGUUACCCAACUUCAAGUCAUGUGUGAUACUUCUAGGCCUUCUCCUCCUCUAUGAUGUAUUUUUUGUUUUCAUAACACCAUUCAUCACAAAGAACGGCGAGAGUAUCAUGGUUGAACUUGCAGCUGGACCUUUUGGAAAUAAUGAAAAGAAUGAUGGAAACUUGGUGGAAGCCACUGCUCAGCCCUCAGCUCCCCAUGAGAAAUUACCAGUAGUCAUCAGGGUACCAAAGCUGGCCUAUUUCUCAGUAAUGAGUGUGUGCGUCAUGCCAGUUUCAAUAUUGGGUUUUGGAGACAUUAUUGUACCAGGCCUGUUGAUUGCAUACUGUAGAAGAUUUGAUGAGCAGACUGGUACUUCUUCUAUAUAUUAUAUCUCCUCCACAAUUGCCUAUGCUGUUGGCAUGAUACUUACGUUUGUUGUUCUGGUGCUGAUGAAGAAGGGGCAACCUGCUCUCCUCUAUUUAGUACCUUGCACACUUAUUACUGUCUCAGUUGUUGCUUGGAGACGUAAGGAAAUGAAAAAGUUCUGGAAAGGUAGCGGCUAUCAGAUGAUGGACCAGCCGGACUAUGCAACAAAUGAAGAAAACCCUGUGACUGCUGGUGAACAGGUUGUCCAACAAUAAUAUUAUGUGGACUUGCCAUAAUGUAUCAAUUGAUUUUCGACAAAUAGAGUUCAACUUUUUAAAUUGACUUUUGAAUCGACAAUCUGAAAGAAUCUUCAAUGAUAUGCUUGCAAAUAUAUAUUUUUAAGAGCUGGUCCUGACAGUUAUAUCAUAAAUAAUCAAAAUACAUUUGCUUUUAACCUAUGUUAAAGUUGUGCCUUCACAUUAAAUAAAAGGAUAUGAUCAGUGUAGUUUUCAAAAUGAAUUAUAUACAGUAUAUUUUUCUAAAAAAAGUCUUGAUCCACCCCUGUACUUUUCUUACUGAAAUCUGUUUCAACUCUAAUGGUAGAUAAAAGUAUUUCUAUCCUAAGUGAGUUUCUGAACAGAUUUUACUGUAAAGAAUUAUGCAAAUUUUAUGCUCUAUAGAAAUAACUAUUUAAGACCAUGCAAGAAAGCAGUUCAACAAUGAAAUUUUGGACUUUAUGACUGCAAAGCUUAGAAAAAUAUAAUUUGGGAAUGUAUAGAUGCAUAUUUUUAUAGCAUACAGUUAAAAAAAUUCCCAGUCCUUUUUUAAACUUGAGAACCUAAAAUGCUUCAAAUUGCAUAUGUAUUAUAUUAGAAUAUUUUUCCAGGUAUAGAGAAACAUAAUAUAUAGAACUAAUCAUUGAAAGGACACAAAAACUGAAAUCCACAGUUUUCUGUGGUCUGAUGUUUCCUUGAAGAUGUAGCUUAAAUUUCUACAUUAAUAUUCAAUUUCACUAUGGUAUUUCUGAUCUCUGAAGUUUGGUUCUGUUGAUGCUAAGGCUUGAUAUUUUGUAUAAAUUAUUUUUUUAUCAAAUUAUAUAUUAACAUAUGGCUCAUUGUUUGAGUAUAAUAUCCCUAACAGUUCCUCCCUGCCCCAACAUGUUUUUUUCCUGAUUCCCACUCCUUUCCCCAAAGGAAACCUCUUAACCUUUUAAUAUUUUGGUGGUUUACAAAUAUAUAAAAUGUGCUUCAGAGGAAAGAAUUGGAGACAAAAGACAGGAGACUGGGUGUUAGUCUCAAUGUAAUUACAUUACUAGAUUUUGAGUAAAUUGUCUUAGCUCAAGACACUUGUAGCUCAGUUUUCUAAUGUGCAGAAUGAGUAGGUUAGACCAAUUAGUCACUCUUGUACCUUGCAGCUUGAAAAAAAUCUUUCUCGAUCUUUGCUAAAUCACGGAUGUAACCUCGAACAUUCUGCGGGGCAACAUUCUGCUGGAAAUAUAAUCAAAUUAUAUUUCAAUUUUAUUUUCUCUAAGAAAUUUUCAACUGACACAUGAUUACAAAGGGAGCAGAAAUUUGCAUUUUUCUGUAAAUAAUGUAUGAGAUAUGUGAACAAAUCAUGAUCUUUUAUUCUAAAGCCAGUUCAACUGAUUAAAAGGUAAAAUUAAUGCCUUUUAAAAUGGCUCAGAGCUUUGAUGUUUGAACUAAAUUUAGCGGUUGAGGGAAUUAGAUGCUUUUGAUUAAUUGUUAACUUGCUGAGUAAGUUGAAGAAAGAGAAGCUCCUUGACAGCCCUUUUUCCACUUAAUACACUUCUGGGUCUUUUGGUAAAUGACAAGUAUCUGACAAGUAAGGGUUAAUCUUAAUUUUGCCCCCAUAAUAUCAAGUUUGAAUUUCUUCCAAAGAAUAUAAUUUAUUUGGAAGACUCUGAAGAAGAACAGAUUAAAUGCCAUUUUAAAGCUCCAACUAUAUUUUUAUUUGUAAUAUCAAUAAAAUGUUUGCCAAAAGACAGCUUUUUUAGUAAAAUUAUCUGCAUUCUCAUCCCAGCUUUCUGAUAUUCAAAAGCUUCAACCAUGUUUUAAAACGAAUGUUUAAGAAAAUUUUACAUCUAGAAAUCUUAAAUUUUAGUGCUUUGAUACAAAUUCUUUAUCUAACCAUUGUUACCAAGGAGGUAAAACCUUGUUCUAGUUUGCCAUUAAAAUUGUAUUGACUAAAUAGAAAUAAAAAAUAAAAAGUGAAAUUCCUUAAGUUUCUCCAUCCUUAAUGUCAACUUUCCAUUUUACUUAAACAAUCCUUCUACGAACCCAGCUGAAAAUAUUUAGGAAAAAUUACAAUAAUGUACAGAAAUACUUUAUUUUGGGAAUCAAAAUAAACAGAGGGUAGGGGAGAUGGAAAUUUGGCUUUAAAAGACAACAUUUUUUCCUCUCUUGCCCUCCUACCACCAGUAACUUUGAGGUGAAGAGAAGCUGUGUUUUACCUAAACAUGUCUUUAAAACAAUAAGAUAUUUUAUUACUACUUAUUGAAAAAAAUUUUUACUUAGAAAUUCUCUAUGAACAUUUUUGUAGCUUAUCAAACAAAUCACUAAAUAUCUCAAUUUGUAAUAUACGUGAUUUUUUCCCUUCAGUUUAGGAUAGCAAAGAUAAAUAGGAGAUUUGUGGGGAAAGAAAGAUCUUGCUAUCCUAAUACAUUUUAUAUUCUUCUAGCUUGUAUUUUUCUUUAGAUUAACAGUACCUUAUUAAUAGAAUCUGAAAUUUAUUUCUCUUUUGAAAGGAGAAAAAUUUAACCCAUCUGCUGUUGGUAUUCAUAGAUUUUAGUUAAAUAUCCAUAGAGAUUUUGGUGAAAUGGUACAUUUAUAGUAAAUACAAAUGAACUUUCUGGUUUUCCUUUGCUCUUUCAAUUUUUGCCUUAGGUGUAAGCAAACAUUUUUACAUUUGACCAAAAAAUAUUUGAACUAAUUUGUUUAAGCUUGGUGUCUAAAAUUUCAGCCUGAUCUCAACCAAUGAGAUUUUGAAAACACAGUAAUUGCAUUUCAGGCUGGUGGAACAUACUAGUGUACUAGUCUGAAAGGCUUUAUUUUUCCAUUAACAAGGAAAAGAAUUCAGUUUAUUGAAGGUGGUGCCAAAUAACCAAUUCUACAAUUUAAAAACAUAUUUUCAGUUAUCUAUUACCUCAGAGGAUAAUUCUAAAUAGGUUGGGAGAGUAAUGCAAACGCAAUCAAAAUACUGAAUAUAAAUCACUUUAUGCUCCUGGGAGGAAGAUACUAUGUAACUUCACGAGAUCUGAAUCAAAUUACUCAACCUUUUGAAAUUUGAAAGAAAUUGUGUAGUAUUAAUGAUUUGGAUUACUGAAUUUUCAGAGUUAACAAAGUGCUAGAGAGUACAGGGCAUGUUAUAGUGAAGACCAGGUAUAUGAACUUCCUUGUUUAAUGUUUCUGUGCUUAAGGACAUCCUUUGUAUCUAUGAAAAGUUAUUGGGGGAACAGUUAUUUCUUAAACUAGAAUUUUGAAACAGUCCCCUGUUAUUGCCAAUUAAGGGGCAACUGAAAGAAAAAAGUGGAGAAUGUUGUCAUUGGUUUCUUUGAUUAGGCAUGAAAAGUAUUGUAAACAACUUCUAUUCCUUU